AUGGAGGAGUACUAUGAUCAGGAUUUUUUUGACAUAGACCAACUAAUAAAUGAGGGGCCAUUUGAGUACAACACAGAUGAUGACAGCAUGGAUGAAGACAGUGAGGGGGACAGCAGUGUAGAAGAACAUGAAGCAGAGGCACAACCAACAAGUAGAAAGCAAUUAACAGUGCAGCAGAAACGCCAAAUUGUUGAUGACUUCCUACUACACAUGCAUGGUGGGGAACUACCCAGAAGGUGUUUGUUACAAAUGGCAAAAAAAUAUGGGAUACACAUAAGCACAUCAAUGAGGGUCUUGCAGUUUGUGAAACAAAGUAUAGCACAAGGGAAUGUCAUUGAUGUCAGAAGCAAAAAAUUGGGGAAAACAGGACCCAAACCCAGAAUUAUUACUAAUGAUUACUUGCAAUCAGUGCCUCUAUACAAAAGGACAACAGAGAGGAGUUAUGCAGCUUAUCUGAAAGUAUCACAUGGAUACCUCCAUAGAUUGAAGAAAAAGGGCAGAUUAAGAACACAUACAACCGCCAACCAUCCAGCACUCACAUCAAAUGACAAAGUGGCAAAACUCAAGUGGGCAUUAGCCCAUAUUCACCCAAUCCCAGCAGUUGGAGAUCCAACUUUCAUUAGUAUGCAACAAGUUAUACACAUAGAUGAAAAAUGGUUCUAUAUGAAUCCAGAAAUAAGGAGGUUCUACCUCUUACCAAAGGAAGAAAACCCAUACAGAUGUCAGCAGUCCAAGAGAUACAAGAUUAAGGCUAUGUUCAUGGGGAUGAUUGGUAAGCCCCUUUAUGACUUAAGUGGCAAUAUGCUACAUGAUGGUAAGUAUAAAAUUUUUCCAUUCACCUACCAGCAAAUGGCAAAGAAGAAAAGCAAGAACAGAGAUACAGGGGUGAUGGAGACAAAGGAUAGGCAAAGUGUGACCAAAGAAGAAAUCAGGAAAAUGCUAUUGACAAAUAUCAUUCUAGCACUACACAGGAAAUGGCAUCCCCGUCUGUCUAAGGACAUAUACAUUCAAUGGGACAAUGCUAAUCCACAUCAAAUUCCAAGGGAUGAAGAGUUCAUUGCAGCAUGUACAACACAUGGAUUCAACAUCCAAAUGAUAUUCCAGCCAGCACAAUCUCCAGAUCUUAAUGUAUUGGAUCUUGGUUUGUUCAAGGUCAUUCAAUCCUUGCAAUACCAGUCAUUUCCCACUAAAAUUGAUGAGUUAAUAGAGAAAGUCUAUCAGGCUUAUGAAUGGUUUGAUCCAGUACUCAACAAGUACUCAUGGAUCACUUUGCAAAGUGUAAUGAAAAAGAUUCUAGAGAAAGAAGGGGGGGGGGGGACAACUUCAAUCCACCUCACAUGGGCAAGAAAAGGUUGGACAACCUAG